AUGUUUAUUGAGAACACUGUUUUGGCGCUCAAUGGUCUUUCCGUGGCCAUUAUCCUUUUCAAACUCCCAUUGCCCAUUGUGAAGAUAUACCCACAAGAUCCAGACUUAUCGUGGCUCGAAGUAAUCAACCAGCUCAUUUUCAAAAUCGAGAAGUACGACAAGGGCUCUACAGAGGGAGUGACCAAAUACCUUCCUGCAGAAUUGCCGGUCGGUGAAGUUACCUACUCCUUUUAUCCAUGGGGGAUGGUUAAGAGUGACCAGAAGUCAAACAAAAAGGUCUCUUUUGAAAGCGAUGGCUUUAGGCUUGUUCCGCUCCUUGUCCGUGAUGUUAUCUCACAAAUUCGGAGCUCAACCGAAGUGAAGAGUUCUGAAGGCUGGGAGAAUGCCAUUCAAAACUCCUUGAAAAGAGCCCAAAGAAGGGUGAGAAAUGGUGUUUAUUUCGACACAGAUGGGCAAGGUGAAUCUGAAGCAGAACGAAAAACGGCUUUAGGCUUUUCCAAACUUUACUUCACCCCAUCCCUGGAAGCCGCUGCCCAUAAGAAGUACCUUUACUUGCUAUCCACCAUUUCUGCCAUUGCACUUAGUUGGCUUGUCUUUGCACAAGUACAAUUUGGAGCGCUUUGGGGCACGGCUAAAGAAUGCAGAAGAGAGGUGGUGCUACUUCGAGGCAAUGUCGCCAACAAAGAAGAUGAAGAACGGAAAAACAUCUCAGAAAAGAGGCUUUUCAACGAGUUCGAGAUCGAAAACAUCCGCAUGUGCGUGGAGAAGCUCACGUUUGGCUUCAACAAGGUGGAUAGGUUGUUCAAGUCAGAAAGCCAAAAAGAGGUGAAUUGGCCUCAGUUCCACAUCGACUUCACGUCCAUCAUGGCGAGAAUCGACCAUGCUACGUCCCACUGCUUGUGUUCGUUUGCGAGCAGCUACAUCAACUUCAUCCACAAUGCUGUGGUUCCUGACAUGUUCAUCGAUGAGCACGAGACUUUCUGGAACGAGCAUGUGGCAGACGAUCCAGCGUGUUUGGUUUAUUCCAGACUGAGCAAGUUGCAGACUGAACUGCCGAGAGAUUACUACUUCUGGAUGGCCCUAUACUACGGCACCUUAUGCAACGGAAUCUACUUUGGCUCUGAGCAGUUGAAGAGUGAGCUCAACUUCAGUGAACACGAAUUGAAGACAUUGGGGCCGAAGCUCUUUACUGCAGCCUACGACUGCCUCUGUCGAGCGCAAUUUAUGAGUCACGCUGACGUACAAGCGGUUCAAGUGUUCUGUCUCUUGAGUACAUGCUUUCACGCCUACGGUAGUGUGGAGCUCUCGCAAUCAUUGCUCAUUCAAUGCAUACGAAUAGCUCGGAAACUCGGGCUCGACAAGCCCCGAAGAAAUUCUGUUUCAUUCUCGUCAGAAGUUAAAAAGCGCUUGUGGUACACUCUCUGUCUCAACGACUGGUUGGAUCAGAUAGAAAAACCACGCUUUUACGUGGAGGUAACUCAACAAGACUUUCCCCAUCUCCUUACCGACGAGGAGCUUUCACAAGAAGAUCAGGUCCCUCGAGAUUUUACAGCAACACGCGAGUACUGUAACAUUUUCUACCAGCAUAUCAUGAUCAAAAUGGCUCUCAUUAAAAAGUGCUUAUACGAAAAUCACUUCUCAGCGCUGGCCACGCUUGAUGCUUGGACCAAGAUGUGCGAUUUAAGAGCAAGUACAAUCACAUUCUUUUCAGAUUGGCCAGAACCAACCAGCGAGAGUCUUCUCACAUAUGACUAUGCGAGGUUUUUGCUUUUCUCAUCCCUAACCGAGGAAAUGUUGGACCUAGGAAGAAGAGUUUUGGCUAUAGUUGGCAAGCAGACAUGGCUAGCGAAGUAUCGCUCAAAGUGCAUUGAAGCCGCCUUGGGUAACAUCUCAAGGGCAACAGCCCCAAUACCCUCAUACUAUAGGCGACACUGGAUCGUGGUACAGCAUCUAAUAUAUGCUGCUCUCACCAUUCUUCUUGACAUCAUCAUGUUCCCGGGUAUAGAUUCGCCUAACGAAAUGGGGCACCGGUUGGAUCAGGUGGAGUCUGCUUUUGUCGUCUUUGAGGAGCUUGAAGCUACACAUUUACCUGCUAAGCUUGGAAUCGCUGUAUUGCCGAGACUCUGCAAGCUUGUGCGUUUCGUGAUUGUGGAAAAACGAGAGGGAAACACGUUCGAAAAAGAGUCUUUGAAGUAUUUGCUCGACGACUUGCAAGUCAAUGUUUCUCCAGUUAUAGACUCUGUUCCGGGUAGAAACAAGCCCCAGUACCUCAGGGCCAGAAAUUCACCCCUGUUUCAGGCGAAACCCGGCGAGAGACAGCAGAGUGAUUCUGAGAGUACCAGUGACGGGAACUUCCUUGAUGAUGAGAUGCAGAAGCUCUUUUUCGAUACGGGUUGGUCGGAGGUCCUCAUGAAUGUCUUCCAACCAGCUUUCAACCAGCUACAAUGA